CCGACCUACCUAGUUAUCCACCACCAUGAUACGCGCCCAGAGUGCCGCCCUCGGGCCGCAUGUCUUUUGCUGUCCCUGGUUGCAUGUCUCAUCUUUCCAUAGCCCCAACGCCGGGGUCGCCUGUUUCUAAACCCUCCCUCGUCGCCCUGCAUUGAGAUCCAGUUGCCGUCGCCGCCACGGGAAGCUGCAUCUCACCCAAGAAAGAGAGAGAGAGACUAAAUAGGCCAGACACGCAAUUCCGCCACCAUGUUGCUCGAGUUCAUGCCCACGGAGCUCGUCACCAAAAUCUACCUACACUGCUCCUCCGUAACUGACGUCCUCGCCCUCUCCUCCACCUGCCAUCGCUUCCGCCACAUCUACACGUCCUCGCGCAGGCUCGCCAUCCUCGAGCAUGCCGCCGAAGCCCAAUACGGGCCGCUGGAAGACGCGACGCAGCUGCUGACGCACAACGCCAGCCAGCCCGCCCAUCUCGUCCGCUCCGUCCCCUUCUCCAUAGCUCUCCUCAAGCAGAUACUCGAGGUCGGCCGCGUCGCAGAGAAGUGGUGCGACAUGUACCCCUUCAAGAAGUGGAAGUACAAUUUCGAAGACCGACGCCUCAUAACGGACGAAGAGCGGUACCGGCUGCGCCGCGCCCUCUACCGGCUAUGGCUCUACAACACGGCCUUCCACAACGCGACGCACCCACGGCACACGCGCAUGAGCCGGCCGGUGAUAACGGAGCGGGCGGCGCUGCUGCACAACUGGACCACGGUGGAGCUAGCCGAGAUGGCCGACGUGCACGCCGUGCUGCGCGAGGUAGUGCACAGCAAGAUCUGCCCGAGCAACGGCACCAUUGCGCACAACUUCAAGAAGCGCUUCCCGGACAAGGACGCGCAGCAGCUCGUCUUCAACUUCAACAUCCACCUCAACUACCCCCUGCCCGCGGCACCGGCGCACUUCACCUCGCCCUUCCACUCCAGCCCCAACGCCCUCAAUUCCCACUACCACCAGCACAUGAGCCCCGGCCUUGCCGACACGACCAACUACAGCAACCGCCUGUACUGGUCCAAGUACACGGCGACGGCGUUCCACGAGCCGGGCUGCGAGGGCUGGGGCGACGACGUCCCGCACUACUAUGUCGUCGAGGACAUGAUGAAGCUGGACCCCGCGCAGAUUCUGUUCCUGAAAGAGAACGCGCCGCUGAAAGGACAGGUCCAGUCGUACACGCGCGGCCUGGGCGACUGGUUCGAGAAUAACGGCGAGACGUGGAGCCAGACGCUCGGGUGGGUCUUGGGCGAGCGAGGAGAGGAUGUCGAGGAGGUGCUGGGCGGGAUUGCAGAGGGCACGUUGGGCGUCGCCGUGCCUGAUGAUUGAUGGUCAGCGUUUGUUUCGUCCACCUUGUACUGUUCCUGUGCAUGUAUGUGGUUACUCGCUCUUUUGUGCAGCCUCUUGUGCGUAGCUAUUCGUCCAGUCAAAGCACAUAUCAGUGCACAUAUCAGUAAAUGCAGCACCUC